UUUUAAUCCAAAGAAAAAAAAAUCCAUUGGGCAAUCACCACGCCACUCGCUGUCGAUUUUCAGAAUUGAAUGCGUUCAUCUACUCACCUCCCUUUUUGGGGCCGCAGGAUCUCUUCUUAAACCCCCUUUUUGCUUCGCCUAUAUGCCUGUACGGUCACACAUCGCCAUUUCCCCUUCUUCCUCGUCGUCUGUCAGUUCAGUCCCUCAUUUGUGCUUGGAAAUGGCGACGUGUACUAAUGUAUAGUUUUAUCGUCUUCCUAUUUGACUGCAGUUCGUCAUUAUCCAUUGUUUUUUUGUGGCCUUAGUUUUGCUGGGGAUUUUGGAGAGGGAUGGGUUUUGUAGGGUUGAUGUCUGAUGCAGCUGCUCGAACGAAAGGGCUCCGGUGGCUCUCCGCCAUUUCCGCCGGCGUAUUGAUGUGCAAAAUUGUGUAUGAUUUCACAGAUGUUAUAAGUUCAUCGUUCAUCAAGGCUUACAGAAAACUAAACCGCAAGGAGAAGCUGGAAUGGAACAACAGGGGUUUCUCGACCUUUCAUGCCAUUGUUGCAGCUACUGGUUCACUGUAUCUCCUCUUCCUUUCAGACCUCUUCAGUCAGGCAGACGAUGAACUCAUUAUCAAUCGAACUUCGCCACUGUCUGACACCUUAUUGGGAGUUUCGAUUGGGUACUUCUUGUCGGACCUGGCGAUGAUAUUCUACCAUUAUCCGGCCUUAGGUGGUGUUGAGUAUGUCAUACAUCACGUGCUGUCGCUGUGCGCGAUCAUUCAGUCCCUCAUCAGCGGCCAAGCACAAUUUUAUAUACUACUGGUGCUCUUCACUGAAAGCACGACGCCGCUGGUUAAUCUGAGAUGGUACCUCGACAUCUCUGGCCGUAAAAGCUCCAAGACUUACAUUUACAACGGCGUGGCUCUGUUCUUCGGGUGGUUGGCUGCUCGGAUCAUCUUGUUCGUGUUCUUCUUCUACCACAUGUUUGUGUAUUUUGAUCAGGUGAAGUUAGUGUAUCCAUUGGGGUUCUACAGCUUGCUGGUGGUGCCGCCGGCGAUGGCGGCGAUGAACGUUUUCUGGUUCUGGAAAAUAGCCAGAGGGAUGGUGAAAACGUUGAGCAAGGCGAGGCACAGCAUGUAGAAUUUGAAUGGAUUGGAUUAGGACAUUCAAAGUGCAAAUGAAUGAAUGCUUUGCUAAUAUUUGUGGAUCAUAUUUGGCUUCUUCAUCUUUGUCACGUAUAUUGUUCAUUCACAUUCCAAUUCAUUGUACUCUCGCCACUUUGAGAUUAUUUUCAAAUUAUUAUUUUUUUUCGGGAAUCUGUUGUCGUUAUCCGAAAGUG